GGUGAGAGUCGGGCUUUCUAGAACAUGGAGGAGGUGCUGCUGCAUCACCGGAUGCGUCGAUGGCCGCCAAGCUGCUCACGGCUGAACGAGCCCGUUGCCCCCCCUUCCUCACAAACCCUCAACCCGAACGUCGGCCCGAGAUCGUCCAACGGCCGUGCGGGGAAAACGCUGCCUCUGUCCCAGCAACGACGUCUUGCCUCUCUCCUUCACCCCAGCGAAAUGGCACCCCGAGCAAGGAAAAUACCUGCAAACACGACCUCAACGGCAACACCCAUCAGCCAGCUUGCGAGCAAAUGCGACGACACCGAUAACGAUAAACAUACCUACAAGCGUUGACUUACGACAAACGACGGGCCUACUUGAAAGCUUUGGUCUGGCAGGGAAACCCUAACGUCAACCGACACCCCGCGCUCUCGUUAGACCGCUCCUCAAAAUAAACAACGGCGUCUACCGGAUCCCUAUGCUCUCGUUAGACAUCCGACCACCGUCAAGAAGAAGGAACUCACUCUGCCGCUCCGCAAAAUACCACAAUGAAAUUGUCUACCUCACCAGCUCCACCAAGUAUGGCGAGAAAGUAGUGAUGCACCCUACACAUCGCCAUCUUCUGACAUCGUGGCACCGCUACCACCCUCGGCCGUCGCAGAGAGAAACCCCAAAACAACCUGGCGGCAUGCCAUCAUCCAUGGCGUGUCUGGCACGAAAUAUCCCACUCCGUCAUCUAACAUCGCUGCUGGCCGCUUCUGUUUACAGAAAGCUAACGAAGAACAGGGAAAACAGAACCAGACGAACGCUGUCGCGGAUGCACGUAUGCAUGUUCGAUCGACCCUCCGAGUGCUACGCCAAGCACACACCUUGCAACGACCACCAGGCAGCCUGUUCAUACCCAUGCUACACCCAAUCACGCGCGAUGCCCCCUUCAGCGGUCCGGUGUGGUAUGAGUCCGCCCUACAUGCAAAGAACUUGAAGAAAAAACAUGCCGUGGUAGUGCAACCCCCCCCCAACGCUACUUACUUCAUACGCCUCGGUUGGAACGAGUGGCACAUAUCCAUCUCCUCCGUAAAACAAAUUGUACUCCCACUCGGCCAUCGCUAUCCCCUCACAUCGCGCGACCUGCUGUUUUCUGGUUCAGCCCGGCUCACGAAAAAGUGGGGAUAAAACAUGCCCCAAGUUGCACACAACACGCCUCCCCUCCCCCUGCCCUCUCCCUACUUUGUACGAAUCCCCCUGGAACGAGUGCAAAACACCCAGCUCCUCCGAAAACAAAACUGUACUCCCACGCGGCCAUCGGUACCUCCUCACAUCCCGCGACCUGCUGUUAUCUGGCUCAGCCCGGCUCACGACGAGGUGGGGAUAAAACAUGACGAUGUUGUACACACACGCCCCCCGGCCCCUCCGCCCUCCACCCCACUGUAGCACACACAUCCUCUACGAGUGCAAAACAUCAUCUCCUUCCGUCAACAAAAUUUUACCCCCACUCGACCUGUAGUGCCCUCACUAUCCGCGAUCUGCUGUUGUUUGGUUCAGCCCGACUCAUGAAGAUGUGAUGACAAAACAUGACGAAGUUGUACACACACGCCCGCCCCCCUCGCUACUUUGUGCACAUCCUCCUGGAGCGAGUGGAAAACGUCCUUUCUUCGUAAAACAAAGAAUGUGCGCCAACUCGGGCAUCGGUACUCCCUCACAUCCCGCGACCUGCUGUUACUUGGUUCAGUCCGGCUCACGAAAAAGUGGGGAUGAACCAUGACCAAGUUGUACACAUACGCCCGCCCCCCUGGCUACUUUGUACACAUCCUCCUGAAGCGAGUGGACAAUGUCGCUCUCCUUCAUAAACAAAACUGCGUUCCCACUCGGAAUUCGGUACUGCCUCACACCCCGUGGUUGCUUUUGUUUAUUUCAGCCCGGCUCACGAAGAAAUUGAGACAAAAACAUGCCGAAUUUUUACAAGCACGCGCCAUCAUCCGACGUGUACUAUACCAUACAUCUCCCUGGAACGAGUGGCAAACAUCCAUCUCGUCCGUGCUCCCACUCGCGCAUUGGUCCUCUCGAAUCCGGCGACCUGCUGCUAUUUGAAUCAACCUGGCUCACGAAGUGGGGAUAAAACAUAACGAAGGUAUACACAAGCAUCCCCCCCCGCCCUCCCGCCCUCCACGCCACUGUAGCACAUACAUCCUCCUGGAACGAAUGGAAUGACGUCCUUCUCCGCAAACAUAAAUGUACUCUCACUCGGCCAUCGAUACCCCCUCACAUGCCGCGACCUGCUGUACUUUGGUUCAGCCCGGCUCGCGAAGAAAUGGCGAUAAAACAUGGCGAUGUUGCACAUACAUGCGCCCCUCACUCUACGUCUUCAUACACCCCGGUUGGAACGAGUGGAAAAUGCCCUUCUCCUCCACAAACAAAACUGCAUUCCCACUCGGGCAUCGGUACUCUCUCGUCCCGCAACCUGCUGUUAUUUGGUUCAGCCCGGCUCACGAAGCGGUGGGAAGAAAACAUGCCCCAAGUUAUACAUACAUGCACUCCCCACGCUACGUUUUCAUACACCCCUGGUUGGAACGAGUGGAAAACGUCCUUCUCCUUCGUAAACAAAAAUGUGCUCCAACUCGGCCAUCGGUACGCCCUCACAUCCCGCGACCUUCUGUUGUUUGGUUCAGCCCGGCUCACGAAGAAGUGGGGAUAAAACAUGCCCCAAGUUGUGCACAACACGCCUCCCACCACCCCCCGCCCUCCACGCUACUUUAAACAUGUCCUCCUGGAGCGAGUGGUAAAACAUCGUUCUCCUCCGUAAGCAAAACCGUGCUUGCACUUGGGCAUCGGUACUCCCUCACAUCCCGCGACCUGCCCUGCUCUUAUUUGGUUCAGCCCGGCUCACGAAGAAGUGGGGGUAAAACAUGAACGAACUUGUAAACACGCGCCCGCGCCCGCCCCUCCCGCCGUCGACUCCACUGUAGCACACACAUCCUCCUGCCACGAGUGGUAAACAUCCAUCUCUCUCCGUAAACAAGACUGUACUCCCACUCGGGCAUCGAUACGCCCUAACAUCCCGU